AUGGCGACGCAGGUUUUCAAAAAUGCUGUAGAGAACCUCUUAGGAGGUCACCGGCGGAGGUCACCGGCGGAGGUCACCGGCGGAGGUCACCGGCGGAGGUCACCGGCGGAGGUCACCGGCGGAGGUCACCGGCGGAGGUCACCGGCGGAGGUCACCGGCGGAGGUCACCGGCGGAGGUCACCGGCGGAGGUCACCGGCGGAGGUCACCGGCGGAGGUCACCGGCGGAGGUCACCGGCGGAGGUCACCGGCGGAGGUCACCGGCGGAGGUCACCGGCGGAGGUCACCGGCGGAGGUCACCGGCGGAGGUCACCGGCGGAGGUCACCGGCGGAGGUCACCGGCGGAGGUCACCGGCGGAGGUCACCGGCGGAGGUCACCGGCGGAGGUCACCGGCGGAGGUCACCGGCGGAGGUCACCGGCGGAGGUCACCGGCGGAGGUCACCGGCGGAGGUCACCGGCGGAGGUCACCGGCGGAGGUCACCGGCGGAGGUCACCGGCGGAGGUCACCGGCGGAGGUCACCGGCGGAGGUCACCGGCUGAGGUCACCUGGAGGAGGUCAUCCGGCAGAGGUCACCCGGCGGAGGUCACCCGGCGGAGGUCACCCAGGCGGAACUCCAACCACGUCCCCUUGGCUGCAGGCUCACCAAUGGCUCCUGCGCCUGACGUUCUCAUGACGAUGUGUCAAUUUUCUCGCCACGAAAUCGGGUUUGGUGCAGCAGUUGCACACCGCCACGGAGACUCGAACCUGCGAACGCGGUAUGACGGCAAUUGA